AUGCAUGUUCUCUGUUUUUUUUUUUUUUUUCCUCUUCCGUUCCCUCCCUUUGCCGGGGUGGUGAAUCCCCUCCGCCACGUUUUCGCUUCCCCCUCCCUCCACCUUUAUCCCACAUUUCACUUUCCGGGUUUUCCGAUAAUAAUAUCUUCUUUUCCUUGUCCAGGAAAGGUAAGUUCACUGCAGUCACUGUAUAUCACUCGAUACAAUUCUCCAGACCGAGAGGGAGAGAGAGAGUUUGGAAGGAGUGUAGCAUAGCCCCGACAAUCCAUGGUUCCGCGAUGACGCGUGGUGAUGCCAUAUCGCGUCUCGGGGGAUUUUAAUAAUAGGAGGCUCUAUUCACGAGCGCGUACUCGGAACCUGGUUUGUUGUCGUACGUACCGGUAGUCACCGACCAGACCAACUAUGAUAGAACCCGUCGGCCGGUGAGGAUUCAAAUUCAAUAAUAUACCAGGCUGUGGUAUUGCCCGCCACAGGAGCCGAAACAAUGAGCAUUACAUUACCUUACCUGCCCAUUGAGAAUCCGUCCGAAAUCGGCCCCCCGACCAGCCGCACGUAUACCUGACAACUCACGAAGGCACGAAUCGAAGCCGUCCCCUUCCCAGGCGAAAAAAUGCUGUUUCAUAUUUCCUUCCUUUCAGUCUACCCAUCCAAGGGUUUUUUUUUCUUUUCCCUCUUCCAAGUGAACUUGUAGCCUCGGUCUGGGGAAGUACUGUACUAGUAUGGGCGCUGUGUGUUGUACUGUUGUUUCUUUUCUUUUCUCCUUUCUGUUUUAGAUAUCAUAGAUUGGUUUGUAUAUUAUAUAUAAUAAUAAUAUAUAUAACAGUUGCCUUGGCUUUAUCCGUCUGCCAAGGCAUUGUCUUGGCGGUUGGGCGUUCUGUAUCAUAUUUUCAUACUCGAGUUGAGCUUUAACUUAUAGACUAUCGCGCGGUUGUGGGCUGCUCCGUCUGAUGUCUCGAGCGAUAAUAAUAUGAUAUAGGAUCGCUCUAUCUGGUUUACGGUAGUCGGCUAAUUGUGUAUCAUAUCAUAUUA